GUCGUAAGGGAAAUACCAAUCGUGAUGCAUCGACUAUCUCCGCAACCUUCUGUGCUUACAAAGAAAUGGGAGAUGCUGCGACAGAACGGAAGCCCUUGUUAUCGAAGUCGUCUGUAGGAGCAACCGGGCCACCCCAUGAUAGAUAUACUAGUGAGCUUGCAAGUGAAUACCAUCAAGUGAAAGAAAAACUAAUAACGAACAGAAAUAGACACAACUCAAUAUCAAGUAAUAUCUCAUCAAACGAAUCAAGUCCGCUGUUGUGCGGUCCCGACAAAGACAGUGACGUUGGUUACAAACAUUACAUUACAUACGGCGGUAUAUGUUCAGGCGUAUCCGGAGUUUGGGGUUGCGAUUCCCAAGUUGCCGUUUCCAGUUUGGAACCAUCGAUUAAUGCGAUAGAAGAAAGGCCUGAUGAUGACGAAAUCGUGGAGAAUACAGACGUUUUGACGUGUUCACCAAAUACACGGCUUUACAGAUAUGGUCUACUUGUGUUCUUGUGUAUUGCAGGUUUAUGUGAAUACAUCACCAGUGAAAGUCCGUCGGCUCUUCAGAAGCACGUGGUUAAGGACAUUGACAUCUCCGAGACGCAGUACAUGGGCUUUUACUCCACAGUCCAGUGGGCGGAAAUCAUCUCAAGUCUCGCGGGAGGCUUUAUGGUGGACCGGAUUGGCAACCCCAUCAGUCUGGUUACCUCCGCCGGAUUGAUAACAAUCGCGCAAACGAUAUUUGCCGUAGGGGCUCUUCUCCGAAACUAUGGGACGAUGUUUGGUGCUCGCAUAUUCCUCGGACUCGUAUCAAGUACUUUGGUGAUCGCUUGUGACAACUUGGUCGUUAAGUGGUUCCACAUGAAGGAAUUGAACAUGGUGCUGGGUUUGAAAAUCAGCUUUGCCCGAGCGAGUAGCGUUAUGACCCUCAAUAUGAUAGACCCCAUAUAUCAGCAACUGUUGAAGUGCACUGUGCCAUGGGAAGCUCUAGGAUUUACCUUGUUAUCAGGCAGUUGUAUAGCAGUGUUGUCUACGUUAUGUUCUGUGCUAGUUGCGAUCAUGGACAAACGAGCAGACAAACUAGGGUUCAACAAGAAUAACAGCAACGAUGAAAAUGACAACAAAAAAGAGACGGAGGAGCACCAAUCAAUGACCACGUGUUCAGACGUGAGACGCUUUCCAGCCUCGUUCUGGCUCAUUGGUAUCAGUGUAUCUCUCUACUACAUGCAGUUGUUUCCUUUCGUUGCCCAGGGAGAGCUGUACUUUGUUAAGAAAUACGACCGAUCCCUGGAUGAAGCGAACGCAAUCAAUAGCAUGGUUUUCCUCGUCGGGGCAGUGACGAUACCGCUUUUUGGAGCUGCAAUAGACAAAGUGGGCCGAAAUCUUAUCUGGAUGUUGGCCGGACUGUUUCUCUCUUUAGCCAGUCACCUUUUACUGACAUUCACAGUUGUAGAACCAUAUGCAUGCACGGUUUUAUUAGGACUCGGUUAUUCACUGGUUGUGACCACUUGGCAGCCGCUUGUGACGUAUGUUAUAGCGCCCAAACAUCUUGGAACCGCGUUUGGCAUUGCGUUUACAAUAAACUCAGUGUGUCAGGCCGUGAACGCCUAUAUUACAGGCUACAUUGUAGAUAACAUGGGAUAUUUUGUGCUGGAGGUCUUCUUCAUUAUGUUCACCACUUGCUCGAUAGUAUUCACCUUAUUGCUGUAUUUGAGAGACGCAUCUUCAGGUAAGUGGGAACUCUGA